GUGUCCUCAUCUACUGGAAAUGAGGAUGAGAAGAUAAGACUUUGUACGCAUUCCUAUUUUUCUUUUUUCUCUCUGAGAGAGGAAAAUGGGAGAAGAAGCAAAGAAGAAGGAAUGGUCACUGAAAGGAAUGACAGCUCUGGUCACUGGCGGAACCAAAGGAAUAGGCCAUGCUAUAGUAGAAGAACUGGCCCAAUUUGGAGCGUCCGUACAUACGUGUGGUCGUAACAAAACUGAACUUGAUCAGUGCUUGCGUGAAUGGAAAGAAUCAGGUUUCAACGUGACCGGCUCGGUUUGCGAUGUGUCCGUACGUGUGGCACGUGAGAAGCUUAUGGAGGAAGUCUCCUCGCUCUUCCGUGGGACGCUCAACAUCUUUGUAAGCAAUGCUGGGAUAAACAUCGGUGAACGAACAUUAGAGGUUACUGUUGAAGAAUUCUCAAAUCUAAUGGCUACAAACUUUGAAUCUGCGUACCAUUUAAGCCAACUCGCUCACCCUUUGUUAAAAGCAUCAGGACAGGGAAGCAUUGUAUUCAUAUCCUCUGUGGCGAGUUUGGUAGCUGUGGUUGCCGGGAUCAUUUAUUCAGCUACUAAAGGAGCAUUGAAUCAACUUACAAAGAAUUUGGCAUGUGAGUGGGCGAAAGACAACAUUCGGACAAAUAGUGUUGCACCAUACCUUACAAAGACUGCCAUGUUGGAUCCGUUUCUUGCAAACAAGGAAAUGACGGAAGAAGUGAUCUCCAAAGCUCCCCUUGGUCGCAUUGCAGAGCCAAGGGAGGUUUCAUCAUUGGUGGCAUUCCUUUGCAUGCCCGUUGCAUCAUACAUUACUGGACAAGUCAUAGCUACUGAUGGAGGAUACACCAUUAAUGGGUUUUACCCAUCAAAAGACUAACAUGGAACCGCGUUCGAGGCAAAUGAUAAUGGAUAGUGUACAUAUGCUCAUGGGAUUUAUUGUCCUGGUGAGCACUUGGAUAUAUCUGAAGGCUUCGUGAAUGACAUUAAGAUAAAAAUUCCUAACAGUAUGCAUAUACUAUUAACAAUGCCCUUGAAAAUGUGAUGUAAGACAUGACACCAGUGUAUUCCUAGCAUGGUUGGAUUAAAAGAACGAUAUGGCAUGGAGGGAGAGGAUUAGGUGUCGCCCGGACCUCACCGAACACAGUGCCACCCUGAACA